GCUGCUGCUGGUGCUGUUGGGGCAGGGCGCCGAGCCGAGGCGGACUGCCUGGCGACCGGACCUCGCUCACUCGCUCUCUGCAGCUGCUACUGCUCGGACUGCUGCGGGAGGGCGCUGGGGGGCUCGACCCCCACCCGCAUGAGGACGGCCCGCCCCUAGAGCUAGGGGGCAUUUCAGGGGACUACCGGGGCGCCCGGGGCUCCGUUUGCCCGGCGAAGGAGCCAACAUGGCGAGCGACUCCCCGGCUCGCAGCCUGGACGAGAUCGAUCUCUCGGCCCUGAGGGACCCUGCAGGGAUCUUUGAAUUAGUGGAACUUGUUGGAAAUGGAACUUAUGGCCAAGUCUAUAAGGGCCGUCAUGUUAAAACUGGACAGCUCGCUGCUAUUAAAGUCAUGGAUGUCACUGGGGAUGAAGAGGAAGAAAUCAAACAAGAAAUUAACAUGUUGAAGAAAUACUCUCAUCACAGAAACAUUGCUACUUACUAUGGUGCUUUUAUCAAAAAGAAUCCCCCAGGAAUGGAUGACCAGCUCUGGCUGGUGAUGGAAUUCUGUGGUGCGGGCUCUGUCACAGAUCUGAUCAAGAAUACAAAAGGCAACACACUGAAGGAGGAGUGGAUCGCGUACAUCUGCCGGGAGAUCUUACGGGGCCUGAGUCAUCUGCAUCAACACAAAGUGAUUCACCGUGAUAUUAAAGGGCAGAAUGUCUUGCUGACAGAGAAUGCUGAAGUAAAACUAGUGGAUUUUGGCGUCAGUGCCCAGUUAGACCGAACAGUAGGUCGGAGAAAUACUUUCAUUGGCACGCCGUACUGGAUGGCCCCAGAAGUUAUUGCCUGUGAUGAGAAUCCGGACGCCACCUAUGAUUUCAAGAGUGACUUGUGGUCUUUGGGAAUCACAGCCAUUGAAAUGGCAGAAGGUGCCCCCCCUCUUUGUGAUAUGCACCCCAUGAGAGCUCUGUUCCUAAUUCCCCGGAACCCAGCCCCUCGGCUGAAGUCUAAGAAAUGGUCUAAAAAAUUCCAGUCUUUCAUUGAGAGCUGCUUAGUAAAGAAUCACAGUCAGAGACCCACCACAGAACAGCUCAUGAAGCAUCCGUUUAUAAGAGACCAGCCUAAUGAACGACAGGUCCGAAUUCAACUCAAGGAUCACAUCGACAGGACAAAGAAGAAGCGAGGAGAGAAAGAUGAAACGGAAUAUGAAUACAGCGGCAGUGAAGAAGAGGAGGAGGAAAAUGACUCUGGAGAGCCCAGCUCCAUCCUGAACCUGCCUGGCGAAUCCACCCUGAGACGGGACUUCUUGCGGCUUCAGCUGGCCAACAAGGAACGUUCAGAGGCCCUGCGGCGCCAGCAACUGGAACAGCAACAACGCGAGAAUGAGGAACAUAAACGCCAGUUGUUGGCAGAACGUCAGAAGCGCAUUGAGGAGCAGAAAGAGCAGCGCCGCAGGCUGGAGGAGCAGCAAAGGAGAGAGAAAGAACUGAGGAAACAGCAGGAGAGAGAGCAGCGGAGACACUAUGAGGAACAGAUCCGCCGUGAGGAAGAAAGGAGGCGAGCAGAGCAUGAACAGGAGUACAUCAGGAGACAGUUAGAGGAGGAGCAGAGACAAUUAGAGAUCCUGCAGCAGCAACUAUUGCAGGAACAAGCCCUCCUUCUGGAGUAUAAACGCAAACAGCUGGAAGAACAGAGACAGGCUGAGCGACUGCAGAGGCAGUUACAGCAGGAAAGGGACUAUUUGGUCUCUCUUCAGCAGCAGCAACAGCAACAGCGCCAAGACCAGAGGCCAGGAGAGAAGAAGCCUCUAUACCAUUACAAAGAAGGGAUGAAUCCCAGCGAGAAGCCAGCCUGGGCCAAGGAGGUCGAAGAACGUUCUAGACUCAACCGGCAGAGCUCCCCCGCCAUGCCGCACAAGGUUGCUAACCGGAUAUCUGACCCCAACUUGCCUCCUCGAUCUGAGUCUUUCAGUAUUAGUGGGGUGCAGCCUGCUCGGACACCGCCCAUGCUCAGACCAGUGGAUGCACAGAUUCCACAUCUGGUAGCGGUGAAAUCCCAAGGACCCUCCCUCUCUGCCUCUCAGUCAGUGCAUGAGCAGCCCACAAAGGGGAUAGCGGGGUUCCAGGAGGCUCUGACGGUGACGUCUCACCGUGCUGAGAUGCCACGGCAGAACUCGGAUCCCACCUCCGAAAACCCUCCUCUCCCCCCUCGCAUUGAAAAGUUUGACCGAAGCUCUUGGUUACGGCAGGAGGAAGACAUUCCACCAAAGGUGCCUCAACGAACAACUUCCAUAUCACCAGCAUUAGCCAGAAAGAACUCCCCUGGCAAUGGAAAUGCACUGGGACCCAGACUUGGAUCACAGCCCAUCCGAGCAAGCAACCCUGACCUAAGGAGAACUGAGCCCAUCCUGGAAAGUCCCUUGCAGAGGACCAGCAGUGGAAGCUCCUCCAGUUCCAGCACUCCGAGUUCCCAGCCUAGUUCCCAGGGAGGUUCUCAGCCAGGAUCGCAAGCUGGCUCCAGUGAACGGAACAGAGUUCGAGCUAACACAAAAUCUGAAGGAUCGCCCGUGCUUCCUCAUGAACCUCCCAAAGGGAAGCCAGAAGAGUCAAGAGACAUCACCCGACCUGGUCGACCAGCUAGCUAUAAGAAAGCUAUAGAUGAGGACCUGACUGCACUAGCGAAAGAAUUAAGGGAACUCCGAAUUGAGGAAAGUAACCGGCCCCUGAAGAAGGUGACCGAUUAUUCUUCUUCCAGUGAGGAGUCAGAAAGCAGCGAAGAGGAGGAAGAAGAUGGAGAGAGUGAGACACAUGAUGGGACGGUGCCUGUCAGUGACAUCCCCAGGCUCAUACCCACAGGAGCUCCAGCAAGUAAUGAGCAGUACAAUAUGGCAAUGGUUGGAACCCAUGGUCUGGAGACCUCUCACGCAGACACAUUUAGCAGCAUUUCGAGAGAAGGAACCUUAAUGAUAAGAGAGUCAUCUGGAGAGAAAAAACGUUCUGGGCACACUGACAGCAAUGGUUUUGCUGGUCACAUCAAUCUCCCUGACCUUGUGCAGCAAAGUCAUUCUCCCGCUGGGACGCCUACUGAAGCCCUCGGGCGCGUGUCAACUCAUCAGCAAGACAUGGAUUCCGUGACUGAAUACGGCAUGGGGAGCAGCACCAAAGCCUCCUUCACCCCGUUUGUUGACCCCAGAGUGUACCAGACAUCUCCCACUGAUGAUGACGAGGAUGACGAUGAGGAAUCUUCAGCCACAGCCCAAGGGUAUCCGGGGACACUAGAAAAGGCUGGUCCUCAGGGAUUUCUGGACUUAAAGGAAGUGCCAUACAUUUCCCAAGAGCGAUUUCUAGCUCUGUUUACCAGUGAGCUACUAAGGCAAGAACAAGCUAAACUCAACGAAGCCAGGAAGAUUUCAGUGGUCAACGUGAACCCAACGAACAUCCGGCCUCACAGCGACACGCCGGAGAUUCGGAAAUACAAGAAACGCUUCAACUCUGAAAUCCUUUGUGCUGCUCUGUGGGGUGUAAACCUCCUGGUGGGAACAGAGAAUGGAUUGAUGCUGUUGGAUCGAAGUGGACAAGGGAAGGUCUACAGCUUGAUCAACAGGAGGCGAUUUCAGCAGAUGGACGUCUUGGAGGGCCUGAAUGUUCUCGUGACAAUAUCAGGAAAGAAGAAUAAACUACGAGUUUACUAUCUGUCUUGGUUAAGAAAUCGAAUCCUGCACAAUGAUCCUGAAGUGGAAAAGAAGCAAGGUUGGAUCACCGUUGGAGACUUAGAAGGCUGUAUACAUUACAAAGUCGUGAAAUAUGAACGGAUCAAAUUCUUGGUGAUUGCCUUGAAAAAUGCUGUAGAGAUAUACGCGUGGGCUCCUAAGCCAUACCACAAGUUCAUGGCAUUUAAGUCUUUUGCAGAUCUCCAGCACAAACCCCUACUUGUCGACCUUACAGUAGAAGAAGGUCAAAGAUUAAAGGUUAUUUUUGGAUCACACACUGGUUUCCAUGUGAUCGACGUAGAUUCGGGAAACUCUUAUGAUAUCUACAUCCCAUCCCAUAUUCAGGGUAAUAUCACUCCUCAUGCUAUUGUCAUCUUACCUAAAACGGAUGGAAUGGAAAUGCUCGUUUGCUAUGAGGAUGAGGGGGUGUACGUGAAUACCUACGGCCGGAUCACUAAAGAUGUGGUGCUCCAGUGGGGAGAAAUGCCCACCUCUGUGGCCUACAUUCAUUCCAAUCAAAUAAUGGGCUGGGGAGAGAAAGCUAUUGAGAUCCGUUCAGUGGAAACAGGACAUUUGGAUGGAGUAUUUAUGCAUAAGCGAGCUCAAAGGUUAAAGUUUCUAUGUGAAAGAAAUGAUAAGGUAUUUUUUGCAUCCGUGCGAUCUGGAGGAAGUAGCCAAGUGUUUUUCAUGACCCUCAACAGAAAUUCCAUGAUGAACUGGUAGCAGAUGAACACUUGGCCCUUGUCAUCAUGAUGUUGUUUCUCUAUUAAAAGAACAUGACACGUGUGGACUUAUGCCAGUCUAGAGGCAGAUACAGAAGGCUUGGUUGAACACACUGCUUUCCCCUUCCUCCACUCCCACCUUUCCCUCCCCUUCUCACACCCUGUUCUCCCACUAAAUACAGUCCAUCUUUCAUUGUUGCAGCCUGUUUGAGAAAGAGAGUGAAAAGAGGCAGGAAUUUCUCAGAGAGCCCCAAGAAUGCCAUACUGUCUCUGAACAGGGACAGACCAUGAGCACUUCAGUGCUGGGGAUGUAAACAUUGUGUGGUCUUUUCUUCUACUGUGUUACAGUGGGUUAUGACUCUUUGCUUUAAAAAAAAAUUUAUUGGUCCCUUACUUUAUACAAACAGGGAAGGAAACGGUAUUGAGAAAAAUGAAUCUUCUUUGGAUUCUGUCUGCCUGUUAGCAUUAAGUAUGCAGAAUGUUGUAAAAUUACCAAUUUUGAAUGGUGAGAGACAGCACAAAUAAUGUACCUUAUCUCUCUCCUCUGAAGGCCAUAACUGUAUAGCUGGGUAAUUUUAGCAAUCUUUUGCCUUCACCAACCUAAAGGUUGCUUUUUGACAGCAACUAGUUAAUGAAUUUUUAAAAAGAGAAGAAAAAUACUAGUUUUCCCCUCUUUUGGGAAAUAGAUUUUAAAUGGCUAAACUACUAGCCUUAGACUAAUAAAUCAACUACCAUUUUUGUCAGUCUGUCAGUCCAUAUUUUCAUAUGGACCUUACAUAAUGGUGCGUGUUGAUGGGGUAGUAGUGCCAUAUGAUUGAGUUGGCUCUGGAGAUGGAGGGAAUCUUUAGCACAUCUUUUUCCCACAGCUUGAUUAUGCAACAGGUUAGGGCAAAAGACCAGGAGAGCUAACGGGUUUCAGAAAAAGGAAGAAGAGCUUUUGAACUAAAAAUGUUAUGAGAUUUACAAGAAUGCACAAAUUCUCUUGGGCUAAGAGCUCACCGGACUUUGGUUGAUGUACCCCAAUCCUGCCGGGGAAAUUGAGGUGUGGGUGACAUCUUGGUUUCGGUCUACCCCAUCUCUUUCUUCUGUGGGUGCCACUUUCUAGAGAUGAAAACUGUGACUUUAAACAAACAAACAAACAAAAAUAAAGUAAAAGCUUCUGAGCUGCCUAUAAUCUCUCUGGGUUGGUGAGAAAAAAAAAAAAAAAGACAACCUGAGAAAAAGCAGGCAUCAUUAGGCCCAGAAGUUACAGAACUUGGAAGCAGGGUUUUGGCCAAAAUUCUGAGACCCUAAAUCACUUUACCUUCCUCUAAAUUACCCAACAUACAGUGAACAACAUCUGUGCAGAUAUAUGUAUGUAUUUAGUUCAGGUUGAAUUGUGUCCUUAUAAACUUACUCAAAUGAUUUCAAUUUUUAUGUGAGUGUCUCGGAUUUUUUGAUUUGUUUGUUUACUAGCUACAAGCAUGGCUGCCUGUGGUCUCAAGGUGUUGCAUAACGAUACCUGUGUUGCGCUUCCUGUUUUAACCUACCUCGUUUUGUUUGUUUCUGUUUUGCUGUUCAUCACAGCAGUGUUAUCUCCAGGAGACAUAUAGAGAGCUCAAUUGGCAAUCUCAGGUGUAUUUCAUCAUUUAAAAAAACAAAACAAAACAAAACAGUAGUUGAUCAAAUUUGGAAGAAAAAAAAAAAUCAUUGGCAUUUGUUCCCAAGAUAUCAUAACAGUUAUAGUAAUGGAUUGCUGGAUCUAUUAUUCUAAUGAUUUUGCUUAAAAUAAAUGAGUGGCUGGAUGAGCUGGUAAUGACAACAAAAUACAAAUUAGAGAUUCAGUGGCACUGCACUUUGACAACUGGGGCAGGAUGGUAAAAGGAGUAGAGAAAUAUUCAUGUUCCAUUUUGAAAUGACUCUAAAGGGCCAAGGUGGCUAAAUCAUUUACCUUUGGUUUGGAGCAGGUAGCAGAAAGAAAUUGAUCCAAGGACCCUCUCUGAUUGAUCAUGGAGGUGUCUCCAUUGGGGGUUUCCAAAAUCAGUGCAAUUCUCCAAUGCUCAUUUGGACUGCUCUCACUGGUCCAGUGCAACAAAUUCAGCAAUAACUUUUCUGAUUGAACUUGGCAACUACUCUAACUGUUAGACACUGUUGUGAAGAAGGAACAAUAAUCUCGGUCUUGACACUGGCUAGGAUUGCCACCAGCUCUUUAUAUUGCUGCUGUGUAUUUUAAAUCAGAGGCUUCUUGAAUUAUGUUGCAAAUGGAUAUAUAUUUUUUUUCCUAAGCGACAAGUUCGGAACUCACAGCUUUAAAUGAUUUUUUUAUUGUGGGUCUUUGGGUACAGUUAAGAAAUAAAAGGGAAUCAUUGUGUUUAAACAUAA